AUGACACAAGCGGUAUCCAAACAAGACACUUCGUCCCAACAAGUUCAACAGCAGCGUCAGGGCGCAGGCAGCAGAGAAGUGCAGGAACAUCAUGCUAGUGCGAAUGCUUCUGCCGGUCUAAACCUCAACCUCUUCGGCGCCCUCUCCGGCGCCUUCUCUUCCAAGCAGAAGAAAACUACGCAUCAGAAUGCUGAUGGGUCGAGUACGACUACUGAAGACAAGCACGAUAAAGGCACCGCGAGCGCAGCAGCCGGCGGCAGAGGAAGUGCAUACGCAGCGGGGAAUGCACAGCAGAGUAGUUUGAAAGCGAAGGAGAGUGGGACGACGCAGGAACAGAAGCAGGGGAAGAAAGUGGAAAAGGUUGAUCAUUUGGGGAUCGAGGGAUAG